AUGCAGGCUCAGGCGCAUGCGCACCGCGCACAGAACGACCGCCUGCAGGCCCUUGCGAUGCUGACAGGCCAGCCACAGCCCGCACAGUCGCAGACCGCCGCGGCCCUCGCGCUGCUGGCAGCCCAGCAGCAGCAGCAGCAGCAGCAGCAGCAGCAGCAGGCCGCGCCGGCCGUUUCCUUGGCGCCGGCUGUGGCCGCGGCGCCGGUCGCGUCACAGGCGCUUCCCGCGCCGCUGCAGGCUCUGGCCCUUGCUGCGAGCCAGGCGCCUGGGGCCCCACAGGCACCUACACGCCACCUCCAGCCUGUGCCGCCCGUGGCGCAGCCGCAGCUGCUGACGCCCCAGGCUCCGGUGGUCGUGGCUGCGGCGUCGCCGGCACAGCCGUCCAAGGAGGCUGGCGUGUCUGGGGGGCCAUCGUCGGGCGCGCCAGCACAGCAGCUGCAGGCCCUGGCGCUGCAGGCCCUGGCGCUGCUGGCCAACCAGGAGGGCGAGCAAGGGACAGCCGCUGCUCCCGCCGCUCCCGCGCCGGAGGGACCAGCGCAGCCGCCGCCACCUCGGGAGCACGCCGCCGCGACACCGCCCGCACCGCCUGCUACCGCCCCUGCCGCCAUCGCGGCCCCGCCCGCCGCGGCCGCCUCUCCCUCCGCGCUGGGCGCCCCGGCCGCGGUGUCCUCCGCGGUACGCGCCCCGGCCGGGUUGGAUGACACGGUUCUGCUGGAGGCCGUGGUGAGCCUGCUGGGGCCUGUGCUGGAGGCCCUCAUGCCCGGCCACGCACUGGCCAGCACAGCCGCCGCGCCCGCCGCGCAGUGA